CCCGCCCCUUCGCCUGUCAGGAUGAGGCGGCCCAGGGCCGGCGGAGGCGUCGGCUGAGGCUCCGGCUCCGCGUUCCCCGCUCCGGCGUCUGACGUAGCGGACCCGGCCUCGGCGUGACGGGGACCAGCCGGCUCGGCCAUGGCCCAGUCCGGGGCUGCCGCCGCGGCACCCGAAUCUGCAGACGCACUCCUUCAACGAGUAGCAGAAUUGGAAAAAGAUAAUGCUGAAUUUCUACGCACAAAGCAGCAGCUUGAGCAAGAAUUUAAUCAAAAGAGGGCAAAAUUUAAAGAGCUGUACCUGGCAAAGGAAGAGGAUUUGAAAAAGCAAAAUGCAAUUUUACAGGCAGCCCAGGAUGACCUGGGGCAACUGCGGACGCAGCUCAUGGAAGCCCAGGCUGAAAUGGAGAACAUUAAAGCCGUUGCUACGGUGUCUGAAAACACAAAGCAGGAAGCUAUUGAUGAGGUGAAGAAGCAAUGGCAGGAAGAGGUGGCUUCAUUGCAGGCUAUAAUGAAAGAAACUGUCCAUGACUAUGAACGCCAGUUUCAUCACAGGCUGGAGAAAGAACGAUCUCAGUGGAACCAAUACCGUGAAAAUGUGGAAAGAGAAAUAGCAGAGCUAAGGAGAAGGCUUUCAGAAGGCCAGGAAGAGGAAAAUCUCGAAAAUGAAAUGAAGAAGGCUCAAGAAGAUGCUGAGAAGCUUCGUUCAGUAGUGAUGCCUAUGGAGAAGGAAAUUGCAACAUUAAAGGAGAAACUGACACAGGCAGAAGAAAAGAUAAAGGAGCUGGAGGCUUCAAAGGUUAAAGAACUGAAUCAUUACUUGGAAGCUGAGAAAUCCUGUAGGACUGAUCUAGAAAUGUAUGUGGCUGUUUUGAACACUCAAAAGUCUGUUCUGCAGGAAGAUGCAGAAAAACUGCGAAAGGAACUUCAUGAAGUCUGUCAUCUGCUAGAACAAGAAAGGCAGCAGCACAACCAACUGAAACACACAUGGCAAAAAGCCAAUGACCAGUUCUUAGAGUCUCAACGCUUGCUGAUGAGGGACAUGCAGCGAAUGGAAAUCGUGCUGACUUCAGAACAGCUUCGCCAAGUGGAAGAACUAAAGAAGAAAGAUCAGGAAGAUGAAGAGCAGCGAAGACUUCAUAAAAGGAAGGAAGACAAACAGAAAGGCACCGAUGAUGAAUCAAAAGCUGUGUGUUCCAUAGCCCACGAUGAAUCUUUCCCACAGUUCCCUGGUGAAGAGGUACAACCAAGUGUUCAUAGCACAUUUCCCACAUUGGAGGAGCAUGUAAAUAGCGCCCAUGGCUCAGUUCACUCGCUUGACACAGAUGUGCUGCUGUCUUCGGGAGAAUCUCUCAAGUCGGACAAUGACAUGUUUAAAGAAGGAUUGCGGAGGGCACAGUCAACGGACAGCUUGGGGGUGUCUGGGUCUUUACAGUCCAAAACUCUAGGCUACAACAACAAAGCGAAAUCUGCUGGGAACCUUGAUGAAUCUGACUUUGGACCUCUUGUUGGAGCGGACUCCAUAUCUGAGAACUUUGAUACGGCUUCCCUUGGUUCUCUGCAAAUGCCAAGCGGGUUUAUGUUAACCAAAGACCAGGAAAAAGCAAUCAAAGCGAUGACGCCAGAGCAGGAAGAGACGGCAUCCCUUCUCUCCAGCAUUACGCAGAGCGUUGAAAGUGCUUACUUCUCUCCUAGUGGUUUCCGCUUAGUUAGUGAAACAGAGUGGAAUCUCCUUCAGAAGGAGGUGCAAAAUGCAGGCAACAAGCUGGGCAGGCGCUGUGAUAUGUGCUCCAAUUACGAGAAGCAGUUGCAAGGAAUCCAGAUUCAGGAGGCUGAGAUGAGGGAUCAGGUGAAGAAGCUUCAGAUGAUGCUGAGGCAGGCCAAUGAUCAGCUAGAAAAAACAAUGCGGGAGAAACAGGAGCUAGAGGACUGCAUGAAGCAAAGCACCGAGGAAUCGGAAUGUCAGAUUUCUUCACUUAUUAUAAGAGCUCAGGAGUCCGAGACUUUACUUGGUGAAUUACAGCAGGCAUUUUCUCAGGCUAAGAGAGAUGUCCAGGACCAAAUGGCGGUCCUGAUGCAGUCAAGGGAGCGUGUCUCCGAGGAGUUGGUGAGACUCCAGAAAGACAAUGAAAGCCUUCAAGGAAAACAUUGCCUGCAUCUCUCUUUGCAACAGGCUGAAGACUUCAUUCUUCCAGAAUCUGGAGAGGAGCUCCGUGAACUGGUCCUCAAGUACCGUGAAGAUAUCAUUAGCGUUAGGACUGCAGCAGAUCACCUUGAAGAAAAACUAAAGGCAGAAAUUUUAUUCCUGAAAGAACAGAUUCAAGCUGAGCAGUGUUUUAAAGAGAACAUAGAAGAGACAUUGCAGCUAGAAAUAGAGAACUGCAAAGAGGAAAUAGCUGCUGCUUCCAGUCUAAAAGCAGAACUGGAGAGGAUAAAAGUGGAAAAGGAACAGCUGGAGUCCGCUUUGCAGGAAAAGACGCAACAACUGGAAAGCUUGCAAGAAAGGAGAAGUCAUCUUGAAGAGCAGCUGAAGAAGGAAAUCGCUGCAAAGGCAAACCUGGAGCAGCUGAUGUUUGAAGAUAAGAACAAAGCUCAGCGACUGCAGACAGAGCUGGAUGUAAGCGAACAAGUACAGAGAGACUUUGUAAAGCUUUCUCAAACCCUUCAGGUCCAGUUGGAACGGAUCCGGCAAGCAGAUUCCCUGGAGAGAAUCCGAGCAAUCCUCAACGACACAAAACUGACAGACAUUAAUCAGCUUCCUGAAACAUGACACCCUCAAGAGCAGGGCUCUAAGGCUGCAUUUUUUGGGUUUUUUUUUAAAAAAGCCUCAUCUUUAUAGCAAAACAUUAAUUAUUAUUUAACUCUAACUGAAAGAGUGGAAGAUGACACAGGGGAGCAGUGGCCCAGGAUUUGCUUCUGGAAGGGAGAAGGUUUAGCUUGUGGGCAAGAAAUUAUCAGAAAGAGAUGUGCGGGACACUCUGGUGGAGUGUCGGCCUUCAGCAAGGUCAGACUUUUCUAAGUAAUCACGUAUCCUUCCCCUUUCCACAACCUAACAUUUCUCUUUCUCUCCGCUUCCCUUCUCUCCCCACCCCCCAAUACUGUGAUGGAAGUAGCUACCAGAGACCAUGUUUCCCUUCGACCCCUUAAAAUAUUUUGGGUGAAGCUGUUGCAAAGUCUCCUAUCCAUCCCACCCCACCUCCCACCAAUGACUGGUCACACAGUAUUUAGCUAGAUGGCAAACAGGGCAGAAUGCGAUAUAGUAUGCUGUAUGAAUAUUUUAUAUUAAAAUACGAUUUGCAGGGUGCUGGAUACAGGUUGGGUUCUCUAGUUCAGUUCUUUUGUCCCUGGUACAUUGUUGCUUGGAGUUCAGUUGCCAUUGAAAACAGAACGGAGGAGAAGGGUGCAAACUGUUGAGAGAACUUAAGUCAUAAAGAGAAACCAUUGGCAGAUCAGGGGAAUUGUGUUCCUAAGAAGCCUUGCUGUAUAAAACAGCAAAUGCACACUUUCAAAAGAAAAAAUCACAGAUCCAUUUUUGACAAGUGGCACCUUCCUUUCAGAGCUAGCAGCCGGCAACUCUUGUCCUAGCUGAGCUAAGCACUCUGGCCUUUUGCCCGCAAUGCAUUCUUCUUUCUAGUCAUGCGUAGGGUUGAAUUGUUUCUGUUUACCUCAGUCCAUGGAUUGCACAUUCUUGAGCCUGAAAUCCCAUGUCCCAGUGAAAGCUAGUGACUUUGUAGGAAGUUUUUUUUAAAAAAAAGAGACUUGUGUACAAGAAAAGGGUGGGUGGCCUCAGUCUAUGACCAGUGCCUGUUGCAUUGCUAUCCUUCUCUAGCUGAACAGCAGCUGCAUGUUUGCCACUGGUGGGCUUUUUUACAGAGAGGGAGCGAUGGCUGUCAAAACGCUUCUCUACAUUUUCUCUCUCUCUCUCUUUUCCUGCCACCCUGAAGCCCAGACAUGUAACUGAUUUUCUAAAGACUGGGAUGAUUGGAGGGUAUAGAGCCUCCCUUGUUAAUCAUGUUGAGGAUCUUUAGACCUCUGCCCAAGCAACUGUUGAGCUGAAUUCUUCUUUGUAUGUCUUAAUAUAAACAGGAGAACCAUCUUUGUACACUCAUGUUUUGUAAGGGACUCUGAUCCAGCUGCAUCUUCUUGGGCCAGACAUAUUGAGCUUUUCUACAGGGGACCCCUUUUUGGUGAGAGAUUCUCUCCUGCAUACCACUUAGUAUAACUGCAAUCAGUCACUACAGAAUUAAGAAACAGGUUGCUGCAAUCCACCCUCCUUUUAUAGCCUCUAAUGGAAGGGGAAGGAAUAUGGCAGUAACUAUAAAACAAACAUAACAAGGUCAGGAAAUCUAUAGUUUUAAAAGACAUUUGCAGAGCUCAAUCACAUUAGGAUUGGAGAGCUAUUAACUUACUCUAGCCUAUUACUUCAACAAUUUUCUUUUGAACCCUCAAUUACUAGGUAUUUUUUUCCUCAGUUGCUGAAUAUGUCAGGCCAGCUUUUGACCUCACAUUAUCUUCCUUUUGAUGCUUCAGUACUGUUGAAUUUAAGGAUGAGCGGGCUGGGUAUAGCAAUUCCUAUGUCCCUGUCUUAUGGUGAAGUACCAGAUUUGUUUAACCAGUAGUGGCUAAAAACUUAAGUUGCUUGAGUCUGAUUUAUUAGGGAACUGGCCAUACAGAAUAGCACGAGGACAGACCACAGCUUAUGAAUACAAGAAUGAUUGCUAUGGCGUUGGGGACUCGAGUUACUGCUAAAUUCUUGUCCGUUCUAACCUGAAGCCCCAGGAUUCUCCAAGCACUGCUAAGGGACUAAGAGGGGAAAUAGAACUGCAGAGCUAGACUGAAAGGCUUUGGUUCUACAUUUUAUUAACAGAACUUGACAGUGUAAUAAAUUCAGGAGCCUAGAAUUAUAAGUUGAUUAUAGACAUGUGGGCUAAAGAACAUUACAGCUAUGCAAAAAGGGGAUAUUCUAUUUCAUCUAUGGCAUCAUGAAAGCCUCAGAGUGAAACAUGGGCUUGUUUAAAUAUGUGGACUUGAGUCACACUUCCAUAAAUGUGCUUUUAAAAGUGGGGGGGGGGGGGGGUUAGAUGAUGCCCCUCUCACCUUAGAAGAUCUCAGCUCCUACUGAUGUAAAGAACUGGUUUAAAUUUGUUCUAUCUGGCUUUACUGCUCCAGCACUGACUGUAACUACCGCAGCUAGGGUAAAACCACAGCACCCCUUCCAGAACAAGAAUCGGGGACCUGUGUGCAGAAUGAAGGGUAGGGGGAAGCCUGCAAGUUUUAACUCUGUUCUGUAUAUUUGUACAGUCUUAAUAUGUGCAAAAAAAAAUCUUACAGCAUGUCUGUGACCUUGUUAUUGCUAACGGUUAACUGUAACCCCUCCUUUACUUCAGUGGCAUAAAAUCUUGGUCUGCCUACGUCUCCUUUUGAGAGAAGGAAAUUCACCUUUUAAUUAUGGUCCCUUUAGGGUUUGUUUGGGUCUUCCCCCCUGAAAAAAAUAGUAAAAAUCAGUCAGUCUGUUACAUUCCAAACUAAAGUGUUUGGAAUCACUACUGCAUUCCAAUGAACCAAGCCACUGGUGUCCUGUGAAACUGUGGAUGUAGAAUUCUCCUGUCUACUGAAUUCAAAAAUGUAUCCAUUUGUUAACUGUACUGGAGGUGUAUCCUUAAGAAAGUGUUCCAAAUUAAAGGAGUGGAGGGAAAGCUAA